AUGUCCAAGCGGCGUAUUGAAGUGAUGGAUCCAUUCAUCAAGAGACGACGGGAGGAGAAAGCUGCUGCCGAGGGUGCGGCCGGUGCUAGCUCAUCCAAGCUCGAUUCCGGCGGUUCAUCCACCUCGGGUACGAGUUCUGGAUCGAAAGCGGUAGUAGGAGCGGCUGGCAAUGAGUCAGGAGGAAAGAACCCGCUGAACGGAGUUGCCUACAGUCAGAAUUAUUACAAUUUGUACAAAAAACGCAUCACGUUGCCAGUGUUCGAGUACAAGACGGAUUUCAUGCGGCUGCUAUCGGAACAUCAGUGUAUCGUGCUGGUCGGCGAAACCGGAUCUGGCAAAACGACCCAAAUACCUCAGUGGUGUGUGGAGUACGCGCUGCAGACGAGCUCGAAGGGAGUUGCGUGUACUCAGCCCCGUCGAGUAGCUGCCAUGUCGGUGGCUCAACGUGUUUCGGAGGAAAUGGACGUCGUGCUAGGGCAGGAGGUUGGGUACAGCAUUCGUUUUGAGGACUGUUCCAGUCCACGUACGCUGUUGAAGUACAUGACGGACGGUAUGUUGUUGCGCGAGGGCAUGAGUGAUCCGAUGCUGGAAGCGUACCAGGUCAUACUGCUCGACGAAGCUCACGAACGGACGUUGGCAACGGAUUUGUUGAUGGGCGUGCUGAAGGAAGUGAUUCGGCAGCGCAAGGAUUUGAAGCUGGUCGUGAUGUCGGCUACACUGGACGCGGGAAAGUUCCAGCAGUACUUCGACAAUGCGCCGCUGAUGAAUGUACCUGGCCGUACGCAUCCGGUAGAGAUCUUCUACACCCCGGAACCGGAACGUGAUUAUCUGGAGGCAGCCAUCCGUACCGUCAUUCAAAUUCACAUGUGCGAAGAGAUCGAGGGUGACAUCCUGAUGUUCUUAACCGGACAGGAAGAGAUUGAAGAAGCUUGCAAACGUGUUAAGCGCGAAAUUGACAAUCUAGGACCGGAUGUGGGUGAGCUUAAGUGUAUUCCGCUGUACUCUACGCUGCCACCACAGAUGCAGCAGAAGAUUUUCGAACCAGCACCACCGAAACGUCAGAAUGGUGCCAUCGGACGGAAGGUUGUCAUAUCGACGAAUAUUGCGGAAACAUCGCUUACCAUCGAUGGCGUUGUGUUUGUGAUUGAUCCGGGCUUCAGCAAACAGAAGGUAUACAAUCCGCGCAUUCGCGUUGAGAGUCUGCUCGUUUCGCCCAUCAGUAAAGCGUCGGCUCAGCAACGUGCCGGUCGUGCCGGUCGUACACGGCCCGGCAAAUGUUUCCGCCUGUACACGGAGAAGGCCUACAAGACGGAGAUGCAGGAUAAUACAUAUCCGGAAAUUUUGCGUUCAAAUUUGGGUACGGUGGUGUUACAGCUGAAGAAGCUCGGAAUUGACGAUUUGGUCCACUUUGAUUUUAUGGACCCGCCUGCACCGGAAACGUUGAUGCGCGCGCUAGAGCUGCUCAACUAUUUGGCCGCCCUGGAUGACGAUGGCAAUCUGACGGAUCUUGGUGCGGUGAUGGCAGAAUUUCCGCUCGAUCCUCAGCUUGCGAAAAUGUUGAUUGCAAGCUGUCAGCACAACUGUUCCAACGAGAUCUUGUCCAUCACGGCAAUGUUAUCAGUUCCGCAGUGCUUCGUGCGACCGAACGAAAUGAAAAAAGCAGCCGAUGAUGCUAAGAUGCGUUUUGCGCACGUUGAUGGUGACCAUCUGACGCUGUUGAACGUAUACCAUGCUUUUAAACAAAAUAACGAAGAUCAGGGAUGGUGCUACGAUAACUUCAUCAACUAUCGUUCAUUAAAAUCGGCCGAUAAUGUAAGACAACAGUUAGCCCGUAUCAUGGAUCGCUUCCAGCUGCAACGCACGAGUACGGACUUUACAUCGCGAGAAUACUAUUUUAACAUUCGCAAAGCAUUGGUGCAGGGCUUCUUCAUGCAGGUUGCUCAUUUGGAACGUACCAAGCAUUAUCAGACGAUAAAGGAUAACCAAGUGGUACAGCUGCACCCGUCCACCUGUCUCGACCACAAACCGGAAUGGGUGAUUUACAAUGAAUUUGUGCUCACGACGAAAAACUACAUCAGAACUGUUACUGAUGUAAAGCCCGAAUGGUUGCUGCAGAUUGCACCACAGUACUACGAUAUGAAUAAUUUCCCACUGUGCGAGGCAAAGCGUCAGUUGGAGCUGAUACUGGCCCGCAUGGAUUCGAAACAGUUCCAGCAAGGGUUUUAA